AUGUCUGACGGUCUGCUGAAGCCGGAGAAGGACUUCUCCAAGGAUGCCGACAAGGUCAUCCCAGAGGCCGAGACCUUGGCCAAGACCAAUACUCAAGGCGCGAUCGAUAAGUUGCUAGUGCUGGAGAAGCAAGCUCGACAGGCUUCUGAUCUUGCCACAACCUCCCGUGUCCUCAUUGCCAUUGUCACUAUCUGCAAGAAGUCCGGUGACUGGAGUCUCCUCAACGACCAGGUGCUGGUCCUAUCCAAGAAACAUGCGCAGCUCAAGCAGGCGACGACGCGGAUGGUCCAAGAGGUGAUGAAGUUCCUGGAUGAUACUCCAAACAUGGACGUGAAGCUUUCCGUCAUUGAAACUCUACGAACAGUCACCGAAGGCAAGAUCUUUGUCGAAGUCGAGCGAGCUCGUGUCACACGAAUCCUGUCAAAUAUCAAAAAAUCGCAAGGAGAUCUCAAUGCCGCGACCGACAUCUUGUGUGAACUGCAGGUGGAGACAUUCGGUUCAAUGACUCGGAGGGAAAAGACCGAGUUUAUCCUGGAGCAAGUUGCGCUGUGUAUCGAGCGUGGAGACUGGACACAAGCGUCGAUCCUUAUCCGGAAGAUCAACAAGCGGUAUUUCGCGCGGAAACCCAAGAAGACUGCCGAGGAGAUUGAAAAGUUGAAGAAGCAGGCGGAGGAACGAGAGAAGACUCGCGGACCCGAUGAGCCGCCAAUGGAAGUGGACGACGAUGUGACCGACCUCAAGCUACGAUACUACGACCAGCAGAUCACGUUGGCAAACCAUGACUUCAAGUAUCUGGAUGUUUGCAAGCACUAUCGAGAAGUGCUGGACACCGAGGCCGUUGAGAAGAAUCCGGCUCAAUUGCGAGCAUCUCUGGCUCGCAUCAUCUACUUCAUCGUCCUGUCUCCCUAUGACAACGAACAGUCUGAUCUACUGCACCGCAUCCAGCAGGACCCUCGGCUGUCGCAGGUUCCGGCCGAGGCUCAAUUGAUCAAGCUUUUCACUAUCCCCGAGCUGAUGCGCUGGCCCAUGGUCGCUGAGCAAUUCGGCCCUCACCUUUGCAAGACCGACGUGUUUGAUGCUCAGCCCCAACAGUCAGCCGAUGACCAGGCUCAUCGCCGGUGGCAAGAUUUGAGGAAGCGAGUGAUUGAACACAACGUGCGCGUUGUGGCCAAAUACUACACUCGCAUCCAACUGCCCCGCCUCACCCAACUGUUGGAUUUGACCGAGGAGGAGACCGAGAAGUACAUCAGUGAGCUCGUGACGUCAAAGACGAUCUACGCGAAGAUCGACCGACCUGCUCGGCUUGUCAACUUUGCCAAGCCUCGCGAUGCAGAUGAUGUGCUUAACGAGUGGAGCAGUGACAUGAAGAGCUUGUUGGGGCUGUUGGAACGCAUCGACCACCUGAUCACCAAGGAGGAGAUGAUGGCUCGCAUCUUGCCUUCCCGUGGCGAGAAAAGCAAGGCCCGUUAG